GGUCCCUGCCCCGGUUUGAACGCUGCCGCCAACCACGGCUACCUCAGCCGCAGCGGUGUCACCACCAUUGAGGAAACCAUCGUUGGUCUGGGUGCUGCCUUCGGUCUUGGCCCCGCUGCUUGCGCCGUCCUUGCUGCCUACGCUGUCAUCUUUGACGGUGACCCAGUCCUCGGCACCUGGUCCAUCGGUGGUCCCCCAUCCACCGACGCUCUCACCAAGGGCAUUCUCGGCCAGGCCCGUGGUCUCUCCUACUCCCACAACAACUACGAGGGUGAUGCUUCCAUCGCUCGUAACGAUGCCUACCUCAACAACGGUGACGCCCACAGCUUGAAUGUCACUCGUUUCGCCUCUGCGUAUGCUGCGCACGACAACGACGGCAACUACAACCUUGACUUGUUCGCUCAGAACUUCGCCGAGAAGGUCCAGGAGUCCAUCGCCACCAACCCGCUUUACUUCUCUGCUCCUUUCGCCACCUUUGUCGUCUCCCCGGCCGCCUUCAACUUCGUCAUCAACUUGAUGAGCAACCACUCUCAGGAGCACCAGAGCGGUUACCUCGACGGAGAGACCUUUAAGACCUUCUUCGCUGUUGAGGGCGAGUACCCCAACUUCAAGUGGCUGCCCGGCCAGGAGCGCAUCCCUGAGAAC